AUGGGUGCCCUCCACGACGGUCAUCUGUCUCUCAUGCGGCAAGCGGCGUCCGAGAACAGCCGCGUCUUUGUGUCGAUCUACGUCAAUCCCACACAGUUCGGCCCUACCGAAGACCUGGACAGCUACCCAAAGACAUGGGAAACCGACAUGCAGCAACUGGAGGCUCUAGACGCCGAGCUUCAACAAGGCGGCAAAGGCCGCAUUGAAGCAGUCUUCGCACCUACGACCAAAGUCAUGUACCCAACGCUCCCACCGGACUCGACCUUACCCGGCGUUGGCUCCUUUGUCACGAUAACACCGCUCGCGCAUUUGCUCGAAGGCGCGAGCAGGCCGGUCUUUAUGAGAGGUGUGGCAACGGUGUGCACGAAACUGUUCAACGUCGUCGAGCCCGAGCGGGUGUACUUUGGACAGAAGGACAUUCAGCAGACUGCUGUGAUUAAGCGUAUGGUUCGGGACCUCCACAUCAACACUGAGGUCCGGGUUGGUCCAACGAGCCGCGAGGCUGAUGGGCUUGCAAUGAGCAGCAGGAAUGUGUAUCUGGGAGAGCGCAGACGCAAGACUGGGAUCGUGCUCUGGCAGUCGCUGAGAGCUGCGGAGGCGGCGUACAGCAUGGGCAGAUGUGACAGAGAUGAGAUCCUGGCGAUGGAGCGAGCAGGGUUCGAGGUGGACUACAUCUCACUGGCUGAUCCGGAAACACUCGAGGAGAUCAACCACGUGGACGAAAGCAGAGGUGCGAUCCUAAGCGGCGCAAUCAUCAUGCUGUCACUCGAAGCCACGAAGGAAGGUGAAAAACUUGGUCGAGAGCACGAUACCAAUCGUGUUCGCCUCAUCGAUAAUAUUAUUCUCCAGCCACGAAAUCAAUGA